AUGGCUUGUAUCAAUAAUUCAUUUUCUUCACAUAUUUUUCUAAGUGAUCUUCCAUCAUAUGGUCUUAUUGGUCUUAUAACUAUUGGUUUAAUUCUUUAUUUAGCUUAUAUAAUAACUUAUAUACGAAAUGAUCAUAUAUCAACAACAAUAUAUAUAAAUAUUUCUCAAUUAUCUUUAUUUUUUGUUUUAUUUUGUUCAAUAAUAUUUGUUAUUCGACCAUCAGCAUCAAUAAAUUUUAUUUGUUCAAUUCAAACAAUUUCAUUACAAAUUUUUCCUUUUUUUCUUUUACUUGGUUUUAAUAUUCAUUUUAUAUAUCAAUGGUUAUUACAAACAACAAAAAAUUCUAAUAGAAAAACUUGUCUUAUAUUAAUAAGUUCAUUUUUAAUAUUUUUUCUUGCAAUAUUAAUACAAACAAGUAUACUUCUUAUUUGGUUUUAUAAUCAUUAUAAUUAUCAACAAAUUUAUAAUACAUGUACAAAUGAAUGUUAUCGACCAUUAUUUCUUUGUUCAUUAUCAUUUAAUUUUUUUUUAUUAUUUCUUUUUUCACUUCAAUCAAGUAUACGAUAUCAUUUAUAUAAUUAUCAAAAUGAUCUUAUUUAUUUAUUAACAAGUCUUCUAGCAUUAUCUGUUACGAUUACAUGGAUUUGUUUGUAUUUAUUUAUUCCAUUGAGAUCAUCAUUAACAUUUUAUAUGAAUAAUAAUUAUAUACUUGCCUAUGGAAAUUUAUUUCUUGUUUAUACAUUUCUUGGACCUUUACUAUUUGAACAACUUUUUUAUCAUCAAAAUAUUCGUACUAAAGAUCAUUUACAUAAGUCUAGUAAAAUGACAUUUAAAUCUUUAUCCUUGACAAAAGAGCAGCAACGUGCAUUCAUGGCCGCUUAUAUUAAACGUAAUCUAACAGCAUCAUGUGAAAAUCUUACAACAAUAACUAUUUCAUCACCUAUGCCAAUCAAUAGACAAAUCCAUCCAGAAUCAAGUCAAACAUGUCAUUCAACAUUAAGUGUUGGUAGUUUAUGUCCAACAUUAGCUAGUACAGUUUCACAUGAUACACCACCUAAAAUAUUACCAAUGACAACAACCGAUACAUCAAGUUGUGGGACAAUGACAAGUGAAUAUUUACCUUUACCAACAUCAUCCAUUAAUCAUAAGAUGAAAUAA